AUCGUGUCCUGUUGCUUCUGUAUGAUACUCCCUCGCGUGAAGCACCGAGCUUUUUUUCCCGGGCAUUUAACAUCUUUAUUAUUAAUUUACGGUUAUUGCUUUUUCUCAAGCCUAAACCUCCAAAAUGUCGAAAAUGUGGGAGGUUGACCCCGAGACGAGGAGAAAGCUCCUUGAGAUCCAAAAGAGGGAUGGGAAUAAUGUUUGCUGCGAUUGUAAUGCUCCUGCCCCUCAGUGGGCCAGCCCGAAGUUCGGGAUUUUCAUCUGUUUGACUUGUGCGGGUGUUCACCGAGGUUUAGGUGUUCAUAUAUCUUUCGUGCGCUCAAUCACAAUGGACUCCUUUAAAAAUGAGGAGAUCAAACGUAUGGAGAAGGGAGGGAACAAGAGGUGCCAAGAGUUUUUUCAGAAGGCGCCCGAGUUUGGUGAUAAUAUGACUAUUAGCGAGAGGUACGGAAGCUCUUUUGGUGAGGACUAUAAAGAAAAGUUGACGGCAGACGUCGAGGGUCGGGAGUGGGUACGGAAAGAGCGCCUUAAAGCGUCUCCUUCUCUUGCUUUGAAAGGCCAGGAUAACCAUUCCACGACAUCACUGUCCUCCGCUCGCUCUGGGUCCCCGGCCUCAGUCAAUGCCUCGAGUAAAGAACGGAAUGAAGCCUAUUUUUCUAGACUCGGGAGUGAAAAUGCAAACCGCUCAACAGAUCUCCUGCCAUCGCAAGGAGGGAAAUAUGCUGGUUUCGGCUCAACCCCCGCACCAGACAUGCCGGCCGGCGGCAACUCUGUACCCAGCCUUGACGAGUUUUCAAGAGAUCCUGUUGGUGCAUUGACUAAAGGCUUCGGUUUAUUUACCACCCAAGUUUCCAAGACCGCCCAAACUGUCAACCAGGCUGUCAUCCAACCAACCGCGCAAAAGCUUGCAGAGGCAGACCUAGCGAAGCACGCAGCGGCCUUGGGACAGAAAGUUACUGAGACCGGAAAGUAUGGCGUCGAGAGUCUUAACAGGUUCGUGGACAAUGCCGGGGGCCCUCAAUACAAACCCGUCGCCCGGGGCGAACCGGAGCACAAAGAUUUUUGGGAUAGUUUCGGCGAAGAGAAAAACACCCCUGCGAGUAUGGUAUCCAAGAAGUCGGCCGCUACUGGGACUAUGGCAUUGAAAAGCGGAAAGAAGGAUGAUCAUUGGGAUGAUGAUAAUUGGGACAAGUUUUAAUUUGCUGUACUUUUCUGUUCUAUGGGGCUACCGCUAGUAGCCGUGUGAGUGUGACUACUAUCUCUGGGGUUAUAAAUAAAGGGCUCCGGGAUUGAUAUUCGUACUUGGUCACGGCUGUUUUUAUCUUAUUAGA